AUGAAGUACGACCUCAAAGCCAGAGUCCAAUGCAAUUUUUUCUCUCGGCACUACGGGUGCAACCUGGUGUGCGAGUCCUGCUUCGCUUGCAAGCCUGCCGAUUCAACCGAGCCCUUGAUGAACUAUCGCAACUUUAAUCUAUCAGCUGCUCACCGUCUGAGCCGCAUAAGUCAUCGAACUUAUGUGGCACUGACGCCACCGGAACAGUUGUCACCAUGGAUAUGCAUGUCCGGGUGGACCCUGGAAAGCUGCACUCGCGAUCCAAUGCAUGUCAUCUACUUGGGUGUUUGUAGGGACAUCCUGCCCUCAGUCCUUGCACAAUGGUUGGACGCAGAUUUGCUUCCGCAAGCGAACACUCUCCAUGAGAGGCUGAGGCUCCUGUCUAUCGAAAUGCAUAAGACAUGCAAACGGGCCAGGCUAUCAUGCCGCCGAAAAUUCUUUACGCCGGCGAACUGCAAUCUUGGCAAAGCGGAGUUUCCGGAACUGGCUUCGACGUGGAAAGCUGCUGAGAUAAAGAUCAUAAUGUGGUUCCUCACCGUCAAAGCUGUUGAGCUCACGACCGGGACAGAUGCUCCUUGUUCCGAUGUUUGCUAUGCGUGUUUUGUUUUGUUGCUGCCAGUAAGAAGCUCCAGUGACGUUUGGUUGUUUGCUUAG